GCAGGCUUCUACAAAUGGACAACGAGAACCGACGAGGACUAAUCCAACAACACGAUCAUCAAAAUAAUUAUUAUUGUUAUUAUACUAUUAUUAUUAACUAAUCAUAACAGCCCUAAUUUUAUCUCGUCGUCAUCAUCAUCAUCAAUUAGGGCUUUCUUGGAUUUUCUCUCUGGUCUCUGCUGCUCCAAUCGCGAUUCUCGUUCGCUCUAAUCAAUCCUCUUUUGUUUGAUCUUGGCGUUGUUUUGCUUUUGAUUUUUCUUCAACGGGAAAGGAUCCAGCUUUAUUUGAAGCUCGGAAGAAUAUGGAUGAUGAUUUGUGUGGGAAUUGGGAGGUUUCCUUUCGAGGUUAUUUGAUGAUGAUUGAACCCAGCGGAAUAUAGGAAACUGUGAAUGAUGGCAUCAUGGAUGCAUUGAAAACCUGAGGAAUCUGCAUAAAUCUCGUGCAUUUAGUUAUUGUUUAUCUGAGUUGAGAAAUUGACUUGAAAGAGUUCUUCUAAUGGCUCCUGGUGGUAAUAUCUGCAUGGAUGUCCCUGAAUCCCAAUCCUCGGAUAGUGAGCAGUCAGUUGAUAGGAUAGAACUUGGGGAUGUUCCUCUCAGUAAGCCUUCUUCAGUUUCGGGUGUCAAAGCGAUUGUGUCUUCUUCAAGUGGAGUGCAUGAGCUUCUCGAGUGCCCAGUUUGUACAAAUUCAAUGUAUCCCCCCAUACACCAGUGCCCAAAUGGCCAUACGCUUUGCUCAAGCUGCAAGCUUAGAGUACAUAAUCAUUGCCCUACUUGCCGACAUGAGCUGGGUGAUAUCAGAUGCUUAGCUCUUGAGAAAGUUGCAGAGUCACUUGAGCUCCCCUGUAGAUAUCAGAACCUUGGAUGUCCUGGAAUAUUUCCAUACUAUGGAAAACAAAAGCAUGAGCAACUGUGCCAGUUCAGGCCCUACAAUUGCCCCUAUGCAGGAUCUGAGUGCCUUGUCACUGGCGACAUUCCAAUGCUUGUAGCUCACCUGAAAAAUGAUCAUAAAGUGGACAUGCAUGAUGGGUGCACAUUUAAUCAUCGGUAUGUUAAAUCUAACCCACAUGAGGUCGAGAAUGCCACAUGGAUGCUCACUGUAUUUAAUUGUUUCGGCCAACACUUUUGUCUCCACUUCGAGGCAUUUCUCUUGGGGAUGGCUCCUGUGUACAUGGCAUUUUUGAGAUUCAUGGGAGAGGAGGAUGAUGCAAAAAAGUACAGUUACAGCCUGGAAGUAGGUGGAAAUGGCCGGAAAUUAACAUGGCAAGGAGUUCCAAGAAGCAUCAGGGAUGGACACAAGAAGGUCCGAGAUAGUUAUGAUGGUCUUGUCAUUCACAGAAACAUGGCCCUCUUCUUUUCUGGUGGAAAUCGGCAAGAGCUGAAGCUAAGGGUUACUGGUCGUAUUUGGAAAGAACAAUGACAUUUCGCCUCUCGUCUUAGUUUAUAUCUGGUUGAAUGUUUUUUGGUUUAGUUUGUGAAAGUGCCUUGUUCAUUUGAAAUGUGAAUGUAAUUCUGUUGAGAUAAAGGUUGCAUGAUGAGAUUCAGUGAAAUGAAUUAGUUUUAUACUUUUAUAGCUUGUGUCUUCCAUGUAUGAAGUAUUUGAAACUUGGACUGAUGCAAAAUUAAUAAUUGUGAGGCAAAGUCUCCCACUUUGUAUUCUAAUA